AUGGACUGUUCCUGUUUGUCUUUCAUGUUUUUUUUAGGUAUUCUGCCUGUUCCUGACAUUAUCAGAGACUCUUCACAACAGUUUUCAUCAUCAUCAGGAUCAUCAGUGUCCAGAUGUUCACUGCUGUGUUCAGUGUUGAAUGUGGGUGCUGUGACUCUCUCCUGGUACAAAGGAAACAGUUUAUUGUCCAGCAUCAGUGUGUCUGAUCUCAGCAUCAGUCUCUCUCUACCUCUGGAGGUGGAAUAUCAGGAGAAAAACACCUACAGCUGUGUGAUCAAUAAUCCUAUCAGCAAGCAGACCACACAUCUGGACAUCAGUCAACUUUGUCAGUCAAAUUCAGAAUCCAACCAAACUUCACUUCUUCUAGUUGUGUUGCUCUUGGUCUUGCUGCUGUUAGUGGUCACAGCUGUAGUUGUGUUGAUGAUCCGUCGACGCAGAAAUUACACACAAGCAAAACAAGAGGCUCAGAGUAAUGAGGAGGAGGUUGAUUAUACUGAAGCAACAUUCAUUAAACAUAGAGAUCAGGAUAUGGGGGCUAAUGGACACGAUCGGACGGUGUAUUCAGAAGUUGUUUUAAGAAGAUGAUCAUGUAGACUGUAUUAUCAUACAGCUCUGUUUAUUACAGGACAGAGCGUGUUGAGGUGUAUGUCAGUGUGUAGCAAAGUUCAAAACCCCAGUUAAACUGCAAAUGCAGUGGUUGUAGCUACAAAUGACUGAAUUUCAGGAUAUAUUUUUAAGUAAUUUCUAAAAAAUAUAUAUAUUUAUCUUUAUUAAGAAAGACCACAUGUCACAUUUCAGGGAUUUUCAUAUACACAAAUACAAACAGGUCAAAUCUGUUCAGUACUGUAGGAUGCUUGUAUAAUUGCUGUGCUCAUGGCUCCCUCUGCAGACUCUCUGUGAGACUUACAGGAUGCUUAAAUGGGUUUGACUCUCUGCUGGUAGAUAACCAUAUGUGGGUCAAAAAGCUAAAUUUUCAAAAUGAUGGAAAAUGAAUUUUCAAAAUUUUAAUUUAAAAAAAAAUUAUUUUUAAACAUUUUUAAUUUAUUGCUGCCUUCCGAUAUUUCUAAAAUAUCAGUUCAAGAAUAUAAUCUCAGGUUCUUUUAAUUAUUUAUGUCA